CGCGGUGGCGGCGACUGCCUGGCCGCGUGACCCGCGCGCGCCAAUGGACCUGCGGUCUCCGGGACGACGCGGAGGGUCCGCGCUCUGCUGCCACUGCGCCCCCGCCCCGAGUCCGCACUGCAGAGAGUAGGGGCGAGCAGGCGCCAGCGCGCUGGCCCACGUGCCACGCUGAGAGAGGGACCAGGAGAAGGAGCGAGAGCGGGCGGGGGCGGGAAAGAGGGGCGCCCGACCCCGCGGCAGCUCCGCGCCGCCCCGCCCCCCUCCUGCUCGGACCUCGACCAGAAAGGAUCCCGACCCAGAAGCUGUGGAGACCUGGGCCGUCUGCUGUUGCCCUGGGAGUUGGGCCAGAUUUAUGUGAAUCACACACUGAUCAUUCCCCAGUAAAUUGGACUUUGCAGAGAUUGGGGACAUGCCGUUGACCCUGUUGCAGGACUGGUGUAGGGGGGAACAUCUGAACACCCAGAGGUCCAUGCUCAUCCUGGGUAUUCCUGAGGACUGUGGUGAGGAUGAGUUUGAGGAGACUCUUCAGGAGGCUCUUAGGCACCUGGGCAGGUAUAGGGUCAUUGGCAGGAUGUUUAGGAGGGAGGAGAAUGCCCAUGCGUUUCUCUUGGAGCUUGCCCAAGACAUUGACUAUGCUUUGAUCCCCCGGGAAAUACCAGGAAAGGGAGGGCCAUGGGAAGUGGUUGUAAAACCUCGUAACUCAGAUGGCGAAUUUCUCAAUAGACUGAAGUGCUUCUUAGAGGAGGAGAGGAGGACAGUGUCAGACAUGAACAGAGUCCUCAGAUCAGACGCCAAUUGUCCUGCUCCGAGAGUGGCCAUAUCACCUGAUCUCUGGACCUGGGCCCAGGCCCUGGGGGCAGCAGUGCAGCCUCUGCUAGAACAAAUGUUGUACAGAGAACUGAGAGUGUUUUCUGGGAACACCGUGUCCAUCCCAGGGGCACUGACCUUUGAAGCCUGGCUUGAGCACACCACUGAGGUGCUAGAGAUGUGGCAGGUGCCUGAGGGGGAAAAGAGGCGCAGGCUGAUGGAAUGCUUGAGGGGCCCUGCUCUGCAGGUGGUCCGUGGGCUGCGGGCUAACAAUGCUGCCAUAACUGUGGAGGAGUGCCUGGCAGCCCUGAAGCAGGUGUUUGGACCUGUGGAGAGCCGUAAAAUCGCCCACAUGAAAUUUUGUAAGGCCCAUCAGGAGGCAGGAGAGAAAGUCUCUAGCUUUGUGUUGCGUUUGGAACCCCUGCUCCAAAGAGCUGUAGAAAAAAAUGCGGUAUCACGAAGGAAUGUGAAUCAAGCUCGCCUGAAACAAGUCUUAAGUGGGGCCACCCUUACUGACAAGCUUCGAGACAGGCUUAAGCUGAUGAAACAGCGAAGGAAGCCUCCUGGUUUCCUGGCACUGGUGAAGCUCCUGCGUGAGGAGGAGGAGUGGGAGGCCACUUUAGGCCCUGAGAGGGAGAGGCUGGAGGGGUUGGAAGCAGGCAUAAGGCCGUCUUCCAGAACCAGUGCAUUCGGGGCAGUGUCUUUCCCUGCCCCUGGCAACACUCUUCAGGCCAGGCCUUCCCAAGGGUCCCAGCGCGGGAGGUGUGGAGGCCAACAGUGGAGGGAGGCUGUGCCAAGGGCCAGCUCUCGAGGUUCAGGAAAACAGAAACACCACACAUUCUGCUAUAGCUGUGGAGAGGAUGGUCACAUCAGGGUACAAUGUAGUAACCCUCCAAACCUGCUCUUGGUAAAGCAGAAGAGACAGGCGGCAAUAGAGUCGGGAAACGGGAGCUGGGCUUGGGACAAGAGCCAUCCCAAGCCCAAGGCCAAGUAGGCUCAGGAGAACAGGGAAGCUCUUCUUACUACAAGGUGAGGAGACAAAAGACGUAUUGGAAGAAGGGGAAGACACAGUCCACACAAACAGCAGGGGACUUGAGUGGGGCAGAGGGGCAGGGCAGCCAGGCCCAGGUUGAGCACCCUCAACCUCUGCCCACUGGAAAAGACCCCAGCUACCAAGCCAAAUGCAGCUCAGUGAGGUCCAAGCACAGGGUCUCAAAGAGGCGGCUGCGACAAAAGCAAGGAUCCACUGUACCCAGCACAUGUGGUGUCCAAGCCUCAGAAGGGAACCUCAACAAGGCAGAGGCUGAAGAAGGUAAAGGUGGGGGUUCUGGCAUCGACAUUGCCAUCUGGCCACCCCCAAAUGCCCACCCUGUUGGCUCUGAGCUAAGAACGCCAACUGGCUCCCAAGCCACGUGGGACCUGGAGGAGCCUUCCCUGGGGCCGCCCCUGACAGAAGGGACCAGCGUCAGUAAGGAAGAGCUGCGCAGAACAGAGGGCCACUGGAGACCUGGAGAAAGCAGGCAAGGGGACCUGGGACUGGCCUGAUGAACCACAACUCAGCAGCUGCCGUUGCCAAAGCCAGCCCCAAACCCUGCCAACUCAUGCAGCCAGCCUGGCAGCUCCCAUGAGUGGCAGCCCCAGGCUGGGUGAGGGGCUCCUUUGAAGACGUCUGCCACCUGCACAGGCCUGGGAGACGUUAGGGGUCAUCUCAAGGGUGCCAGUCAUCUGGGACUCCCAACAAGGGGAUCCUCAUUCACCGUCACUUGGGACGGGCUGCUCCCUGUUCUGGGAAGCCCACUUGUGUCUCUGUAGACCCUGUAGCAACUCACAUGUCAAGUAAUCCCGCCCCAACACACACACACACACACACACAUACACUAGCCAUCAUUUCUGUGUAGAGCCACAAGGUGUGUGUGAACUGGCUUAGUGGGGCAGCCCCCUCUUCACCUGGGCAUGUGCUGUGAGCUUCAGUGCCAGCCCAGGCUCUGCUCACUCUCGUCCAGUGCCGUGAGCUCAACUCUGUCUUCUUGGUGUUGAUUUAGACUAAUCGCUGCUUGUUUUUGUGAAGAUGUGUGUGUUCUUACCUGAGCAGUUGCCACCAGCCCACCCAAGAGACCCUGUGCCCAGUCCCAGGAGAUGUCACGAAGGAAGGCCAGACAAGGGUGCGGCCAGCGCUCACCCAGGAACCUCGGGAAGGAAGAACUGGAGCAGGGACAUCGAGAGGGGCUGCGGGAGGCUCCACUGGGACUGUGCUCUGAUGUGCCAACCUGUUGUUACUUGUGGCUCAGUUUCCUCAGCUUGGCGGGGUGUCCCUUGCUGUGUUUUCCAGCAUCCUGUGACUGUCCUGUGUGGGCCAUAGGGCAGGGCCCCACCCCAGCCUGUCAGCCAGAGAGGAUGGGGGGAUGCCCUGGAGUGAGAGGACAAUGCCAGCAUCCAUCAUCCAGGCAAGGGGCUGAUCGUGGGACCUCCAGGAAGGGAGAUUAUGGCAGAGGAGCCUCAGCAUGGGGAACAGCUGAGGCAUCUCAUUAGGGACCCUGGAGGAGGGAGGGACCCAAGACCUGUGGGCUGUAGUGGCCUUCAGAAGUUCCAUUCUGUGUUGUCAUUCUCUUCUCUUCAAUAGUUUAAGUAAAUGGCCCCCUUCAAUAAAUUUCAUUGACCAUUUCA